AAUAUGGCGGUAAACGGUGUAUGAAAGGUUCGGAAUGUUUUGAUUCGAAACGAACAAUAAAAAUAGUAAAAAUACUGACGAAAUCCGAAAAAAAUACGCAAUGGUGGGUGUGUAUCCGCGAUAAAUGUCUUGAAAAUAUGUUACAAUAGAUCUAUUCGUGCGUGUUAUGUCAAUAGGAGUGAUUUUCAGUCUAGUGUUUUUUUGUACUAUUUUCUGCUAAUGUUGUCGUUUGUGGUGAUAAGUGACGAUAGUUUACGCGAUAGAUAUGUCUACCGAUCGUGAUAAAGACACUCCAUGUCCGAUUCCGUGCGAUACAGAAGCUGGCGCGGUUAGUGCAAACCAAAUUAGCGAGAGUGAUAACAAAAAUGAAAAUUGUGAGAAAAAGACGAAAAAAUCUCGCUGUGUGUCUUUCCCAGAAGAAGAACAGAUAGUCACACAGUAUUUCGAGCCAGCAAACCCUUGGCAAGAUGUACCAACGACCAGUUGUGCCCAGCUCUCGGCCGAUUACCUGGAAUCAUGUCGGAAGCACAACACGCCACCUAUCGAAAGCGUGCUGCAACAGAUACGAGAUCUCCCGGAAAGUUGUAUCGGCGGCGGCUCGCGAGCACCCCGUCUUACUCUGGCGGACUGCGCACUGGUGGGCGCGGCGCCAGCGGACGCGCUCGAGGCGGUCCUGUCCAAGGUUCAAUUCCGGCGGUUGGAGGUGCAGAGAGCGAUAUUCGACGACGAGGCGGCGGAGGCGUUAUUCGAUAUGAUAGAAUAUUAUGAGAGCGCAGUGGCCGUGUGCAUCAUCGGAGAGAGGCAGUACGGCAUCAGGGGGUGGCAGGCGGCCUCCAGGAUGAUCAAGAAGAGCGCAGAAGUGUCAGAGUUGGAAGUGUCCGAGGGUGUACUGGAAGCGGCACACGCGCCAGUACUGGCGCGAGCGCUGCGCCCGCACUCGUGCUCGUUGCGGGCUCUCGGACUACAGCGGGCGCAGCUGUCAGGCGAGCCGCUACUGUGUCUAGUGAUAGCACUGAAGUCGAACAGUUCAGUACGUGAACUCCGUCUGGGUGACAAUCGACUGACGCCGAGUGAUGCUACGCAGAUCGCCUCACUCCUGCGCAUGAACACCAGGAUACAGUUACUGGAUCUGUCUAAUAACCAGAUACAGGACUCAGGUGUGGCGCAGUUGGCGGAUGCGCUGGCGGAGCAGGCCGCGCAGACGCCGCCGUCGGCCGCCGCCUCGCCGCUCUCACCACUCUCACCACUGUCGCCACUCUCGCCACACUCGCACCACUGCUCCCUGAUGGGCGGUCACGACGCGAGAGGACUGGCCUUUCUGGUGUUAUGGAAUAACCAACUGACGAGGAACUGUGCCCACCAUCUCAGCAGAGCGUUGCGGUCGUCCCCGUCGCUGUGCGUACUGAACAUCGGACGGAACGCAGUCGGAGGAGACACCGUGCGGGCCCUCGCCGCCGCCGCCGCGCCCGGCCUCGCCUCGCUCGGACUGCAGGCCGCGCGGCUCGGGCCCGACGCCGCGCCCGCGCUCGCGGCCCUGCUGCGGCGGGACACGGCCCUGCAGAGGCUGGACCUUCGAGACAACCGACUGGGCGUGACCGGUUUGCAAGCUCUACUUGCAGCUAUGAAGGACAACCAUACGCUCACACAGAUAGAUCUGGACGACCCACCGGAGCUGCCGGCGGAGUUGCGAUCGGAGACAGAGGAGACAGACGCGGAAGCGGGCGCGGAAGCGGAAACGGAAGCGGGCGGGUUGUCGCGGCUGACGCGCGCCAUCCGCGCCGCCUGCCGCCGCAACGACGCCGCCGCCUCCCCCGACACGCGCCUGCAUCGCAAGAUCAGCCUCACCUGCCACACCUCGCACGCCUGCCUCGCCAGGAGUACGGCAUCGGGCGCGCCGGGUGCGGGCGGGCUGGGCCCCGGAGCCUCGUUGGGCCCCGAGGAGGAGCCCCGCGCGCGGCUGCGGUCCCCCGCGCCCUCCCCGGCCGGCAGCCCCGUGCCCGCCCCGCACCACGCCUCCAGGUUCUCGGUGAGCCGGGUGACUCCCGAACGGCCGGCAGUGGACAGCUCCAAAAGUCCACCGUACUGCCACACCCCGUCGAGAUUCCGAGUCGUGCAGGUAGCGGAACCACCACAAAUCCAAGUGCACCCAGCGACGAGUCAACCAAGACGGAGUGCCUCCAGAUUCUCCGUCACCAGGAACUACGAUUCUGUGUACAACCCCAAGUCAGUACCUUCUCCACCACCUACCAUCGACUCGAACCUUCGGCCCGAUAAAGCUACUACCCAUCUCGAGGGUGGAGGUAGUAAACUAGCCUCUAGAGAUAUAGAGGUAGUAAAAAGAACCGAUAUUGCCGUCAGUCAGCCCAUAAAAAUAUCUAAUCAGCCGGAGUUUACGUCGAGUCUGCCUAACAUAUCGAUAAGUCCAAGCGAAUUGACACCAGAUAGACCGGAAAUUGUCAAACGUAGACCACCGUCUACGCCCAUACCGCAAUAUUCAUCUAAAUUCGAUCUAACCGAUACCCCAGAGUCAUCCUCACCCGAGUCUGGUACUCCAUCUGAGUCUGAAUUGAGGAUUGACGAUACAACGAAUAUAUUUAAGUCUGAGAUUGGGCCUGAUUUUGACGUGCCUAACUCUACACAUACCGCAGAAGUAAUACAAACUAAUGCACCCGAAGAUAAUAAUAUACUUAAUCCAGAAAUAGUAACUAUAAUUAACCCUAUUGUAGUUAAAAUUGAUCAAUUUGAAACAACAGAUAUAGAUCAGAAUAAUGCCGAGUGUGUGACUAAUACUCGAGCAAAUUCAGAUUUGGAGACAUCUCCAAAUAAUAUUGAGACUGAAUCGAAAUGUAUAGAAUCACAAAUUCCAGAGGAACUAAACCUAAUGGAACCGCAACUCGACAGUGGUAUAGAAAUUGAACAAAACGUAGGACGUGAUGCCAAAACUGUUGCUGACAGUGAUAGUGAAAGUAUUAAAAGUGACGCUGAUAGUGAUAGAGUGAAAGUUAAAACCUAUAGUGAUAUAGUGAAAUCUGACAAAAAGACUUAUAAGGACAAAACUGAACAAUUAGCUCAUAAUGAAGAAGUUAGUGUAAUAGAUAAUGCUGAAAUACUUAAAACGGAGACUAAGUUAGUUAGUAAUUCUAUAGAAAUUAAUGAAAAUGAAAAAACAGACGUUCAAGUUGAGGUUACAGUUAAAACUGAGACACCUGCCAAAGUGAAUAGUGACCAAAAUGAUAAAGAAUUUAGUAAUAUUGAUGAUGAUGUCAGUGUAAAUAAAGAGAAACGCGACGAAACCGCUAUGAAACAGAUUGAAGCAAUCACAGAGGAUUUAGGCAACUUAAUCCAAGAAAUGAAAGAUUUCUCAACAAAAACAGCAGUUUUAAGGAAGGACGUUAAAAGUGAUUGCACACAAACAGACAUGGUUGAUGUAAAUAAGUUAAAUUUUGAAAAUGUACCUGCUAAUGUUAUACGAGAUAAUGUAGUUCUUAAGAAGAAUAAGAGUGAGUCCAGUUUAGAUAGUCCCGAUUUGGAAGUUUCUAGACUUAUGAAUAAGAAAUUGGUUGGUAGUCCAUUUUGUGACAGUAGUUCGUCUUUGGAGAUUUCUGGUAGCUCGGUAGAGAGUUUGAACACUUUAGACAAUCAGCAGAAUACACAGAUGGUGAAACCCAUAAUAAUACAGGAAUCUACGGAGAGCGAUACAGAAUUAGAUAGGAGAAAACCCGAUCAUGUUAUGUUGUCAACGGAAAGUAGCAUAGAAUCAAAUACCAGUGAAGCAACACCAGUGAACAGCGGGAACUUCUUAAACAUGUCGGUUAGUUCCAACGAGAGUGUGUCUCCUAUUAUAUUUGGAAAGAGUAGAAAGACACAUGACUCAUUGUCUAGUUUGGAGGCCAGUGUUAGUUCUCUCGAUUCUGGAAAACAGGAAAGAGUAAUGGUUACUUCAGCAGAUUCAGGCAUUGAAUAUUCUUUACAAAAUCCAUCGGAAAACAAAGAAGAUGAUUCUUCUAAUGAGGGAACUCUAACAAACACUUCCAGUUUAAAGGAAUCUGUGAAGAAAACCGAUAGUGUUCAUUUACAUGAUACUUUAACAUCCCCCAAAAGGACUUCCAGUUUAUUAGAUGUUCCUGCUUUAAAAAGUAAAGGUUUGGAUAGAGUUAAGAAGAUGUCAUGGGUUGCUCCAUCUCCUAGCUUCUAUAUCCCACGACCAGAGCCAGAAAAAGAGACUAAACUACCAUCCAAUCUCGAAAAAUUGCUGAGUUUAUUUCAACAUCCAAGUAUUUUGUUUUCCCGAAAUUCUUCAAACGACGAAGAAAAGAAGUCUGCUUCGAACACACCUCCAAGAAAAGAUUCUUCCCUAACCAGCUCUUUCUGGUCAUGGGGAAGUACAACUGAUAAAGUAGAGAAGGAAGACAAAGAAGAUUCCUCUGAAGCUACCGAUUCUACUCUAUCAGAACGUAUACAAGUCUCCUUCGUCGAUGAGUCAUUCUCCAAAAAAUUGGACAGCAAAACACCAUCAACAGAUACAGAUAAUACCUUAAGUGAAUUUCAAACCUUCCAACCUGAAAGUGAAACAUCUGAAGAUAAAGAUGGACUUACCGAAUUAACCACCGAUUUAGUACAAAAAUAUUUAGAUGUAAGUAAAACGGAUGCGAGCUCCAACGGCAAUAAGCCUAGAGCUAGUGAUAACAUAGAUCUCAAUAAACCCAACGAUUUAAAUAAAAAUGUUGUAAACACAGCUGCAGGCGACAGCAACAAAAAUAAAGAAACUGAGGAAAAAGUUGAAAAGGUCGAGACAAAAGAAGACCCAGUCAGACCUAGAUCAUUUGCAGCGGUCCUGAAAUCUUCCGGAUCUGAAAAUUCUUUAGACAAACAAAGUAGUCCUGAAAGUGGUCAAUCUGUAGACAAAUUACCAAAUAAAGUAAUAAGAGGUAUUAAAGAGAAUAUAAGCCCAGAAAACACAUUGACUUCUAGUAUGAGUAAUACUAAGGCUUUAGCUACAGAGUUAUCUGAUAGACAAGUGAUGCACCAGCCGAUUGUAAAUACUGUUUGGGAUGUCUCGAUGCCUUUACUUGAAAAGGCUGAGUGUAAAGUAGACAAUGUGAAACAACUGACCGAAUUGGCGCCGAUAGCGACCAUCGAAGAAACAUGUGACGAUGACAAUAUAGUUAUUGAUUAUAUUGACGACGCAAAGUUUGAUGAUCCGAACACUUCUGCUGACAGCGGAGUGACAUCCCUUGAAGGUGCAGCAGAUGACGCUAAAAGAUUUGACGAUAAAGUAAUACAAAUCAGUACUGAUUUAGAAAAUGUUGAUUUAGGCAAAGAUGCAUUGUCAUAUUUAAUAUAUGAAAACCAGGACUUUGAACCGGGUGUGGAGCAAGCUAUCCAUACCAAAGAACAACAAGGGUCUUUAGCGCAGGAGUUAAAAGAGGCUGAAAUUAAGGAGAUGUUGGAUUUAUCACCUGAACUGGUCAUUGACGAUGCAGUUGAAGUACCCGAGGUUUUCACGGCGAAAGAUAUUAAAGGUUUAAACACGUCCCCGGUUAUACCAGAAAGAGCAAAAUUAAAGAAAGCCAACUCUUUAGAAGACCUUUCUACAGAAGAGAAGGUAGGUCCUAAAACGAAAACUAUAGUGUUUAAAGUGCCUGAAAUAGUAACGACGCCCAGAGAUAUACCUGAAAGAAGAUCUAGACUGCGGACUAGAAGUGGAUCUAGUCCGAAAUCGUUGCCAGAAAGUUUGAAUAAGCCAUCACCUUUGUCGAAAAUGGACUCCAUGUUGUUUAAGAAGAAAAAGAAAGUGUCAUCAUUGGGGAAGAUUGCGCGAGAUUCCUUACUCGCGUUGAAUAUGAGUGAGGAAGAGAUAGCGGAGUUUAGGAGGUCUUAUAAACUUACCUCAGUGGAGAGUCUAAGAUCACUAGAGUCAGUUUCUGAAGAUGCCAACUCACAGAGCGGUAACUCUGUAGACUCGAGAUGCCGCGCCUGCUUUAGAACUUCUCAAGAAAGUCUAAUGUCUUUAGAUUCUAUCACAGAAGAUUGCAGAUGUACAGACGAUGAUAAGAGCCAAAAUUCGAAUAGGUAAUUUGUCGCAUUCUGUGAUAGCGCUACAAAUAAAAGGGUAUAAGGCAAAUCGUUUGUAAAUCAAGAAAUUGUGUGGACCGAAAAUAUUUUUGAUUGUUAGCUAUUUCUUUUUCUUUUGGUGUAAUAAUUAUUAAUAACUGAAUUAUCUGUGCAAAAUAUUCGGCUUCUAAAACGUUGCAUUGUAACUUUUUUGUAUAAAACAAUAAAAACUAAUUUCAAAUUGUAUAAAAACGUGUACAGGUUACAGAGUUAUUGUAUAAAGAUAUAUUGCUAACGGCGCAUGUACUCGAUAACUUAAUCGCAUCAUACUAAUGUAAUAUAAAGCGAAUUAUUUACGAUUUAUUUAGAUUCGUAAUUAAGAAUACAUAAGUGUUUAUAUUAUAUAAAGUAUUCGGUAUAUCAAAUUGAUAUAUUGAAGUUUUUUCCUUCUAAAAUCUAUCGUAAUUGUAUAAUAAA